AUGAAGAAACCGCCAACAACCAGCAUCGUGAGACGUUCGUCUGUCACCAUGCCGAUGGAUGCCGAGACCUUUAAAGAGUUGUUCGGUGGUCUUCCUUCCGCGCCAAAUCUUUUGCAAGCGACAAAGUUUUCUGUGCCCAUUCACGAGCUUGACGCCAUAAUGCCUGCCGGAUGGUCACUAAAUACUUUCAAAACCUCCACGACUUGUCAGUUGCAGCCCGGCAAGCCCGUCGAGAUUGCUCUCGUAGAGCGCAAGAAAGUGUUUUUUGAUCAUUCGGGGUGUUUGCGCUGUCAAGGCGGGAAUGGAGCCCCCGUCGCUUGUAAAGACGUGGUGCGGAAAGUAAUAUUCGGUUCAACCCUUCUAAAGAUCUCGUUCUACCGUGAGCGGGACAAGCAAGCCGAGCGAAAGCCCAAGGAGCGCACGAGACUAACCUUGGCGAAACCAAGAUCAGUCGUCAAGUAG